GGAGAGGCGGAGCUGCUAUUUAAUCCGCAGGAUCAAUUCCUAACUCUGUAAGCGCGAUGCGUUUGUUAACAUUCACGCACCGGCACGUGAGACGGGAAAGCGGAACAGGUUUAUCCCUCGUCUUCCACCACCAGGACCAUUUCAUUCCUUAAGGAAGAGAGAGUGCGUGAAGAACAGAGUGGAAGUCGUAGAAAAGUCUUCAGUUCGUUUGUUGUUUAGCCUUUUUUUUAAAAGAAAGAAAGAAAAAAAAUAGAGUGAUUAGUUCGCGCGCACGGCUGUCUCGCGGAGAAGAGUCACGCGCUAAAUUCAAACCCGGCUCACGCGCUGCGAGCGUCGGAUGCUGACAUUGUGAGCGUCCUUUCUUUCUUCCUUUUUCGUGAGAGAGAGAGAGAUGGAGAGAGAAUAACCUCGUACCCGUCUCUCCAGGUACCCAGCUGUCAUUUUGAGUCUCCCGUUAACGAAUGAGAGGUUAGCGUCAGCAACCCUCCCCCUCCACUCAACCCCUUUCAGAAUGUUAGCCGCUGCUAAGUGACAAAGCUAAACUUCAAUCACUUGUCGGUUUACAUACCUGAAAAGGGCGUCUUAACAUAGCUUAGCAUAGCAUUAUAGCUAGCUGGCUGUCGUGUUCAGUGUUAGGAAACUAGGAAGUAGCCUUGAUUAGCCAGCCGGAGGUUACGGGUUCUAGAGAUGUUGCUGAGUAUAUUUUCCUGAAGCAGUUGUCCGGUUGUAAACACACUCCGCCAUGGCGUCAGCAAUGGACCGGACUUUAAGGAUGAACGUGGUGGUGGUGGUGGUGGUGGUGAUGAUGAUGAUUAUCUCAGUGCUCGGCAGUUCCCCGCAGAAAUCCCACGAGAAACCGAGCAGCAAUGAGAAGACGCCAGGACACGGAAGAGAUCAGGGAAAUUUCACCCAGAAGGCUUUCCCUGUGUUGGAUUUCGAUUAUGAACACGUCCACUAUCCUUUCGUGGUGUUCCUCUGGAUCCUGCUGGCUUCCCUGAUGAAACUAGGGUUUCACUUGAUCCCGCAGUUGUCUUCGAUUGUUCCAGAGAGCUGUCUGCUGAUCGCGGUGGGCCUUCUAGUGGGCGGCCUCAUCAAGCUUGUGGGCGAACACCCCCCUUCACUCAAUUCCGAGCUCUUCUUCCUGUGUCUUCUCCCGCCAAUCAUCUUGGAUGCCGGCUACUUCUUACCCAUGAGGCCCUUCACGGAGAACCUGGGCACCAUCCUUAUGUUCGCUGUGGUGGGCACUCUGUGGAACUCCUUCUUCAUAGGCAGCCUGCUGUAUGGCGUGUGUCAGAUUGAGGGCACUAACCUGGGCACAGUGACUCUGCUGCCCUGCUUGCUGUUCGGCACCAUCAUCUCGGCCGUGGAUCCCGUGGCCGUCCUGGCCGUGUUUGAGGAGAUUCACAUCAACGAGCUUCUGCACAUCCUCGUGUUCGGCGAGUCGCUGCUUAACGAUGCAGUCACAGUGGUUCUGUAUCACCUGUUCGAGGAGUACUCGAGAGUGGACACUGUGACUAUAGGAGACAUCUUCUUGGGUGUCUUGGCUUUUAUGGUGGUGGCUCUAGGUGGCAUACUGGUAGGCGCCAUCUACGGCAUCCUGUCAGCCUUUACCUCACGCUUCACGUCACACACGCGCGUUAUCGAGCCACUUUUCGUCUUCGUCUACAGCUACCUGGCAUACCUGUCGGCUGAGGUGUUCCACCUGUCUGGCAUCAUGGCACUGAUCGCGUGUGGCGCCGUCAUGCGGCCCUACGUGGAGGCCAACAUAUCCCACAAGUCCCACACUACCAUCAAGUACUUCCUAAAGAUGUGGAGCAGCGUGAGCGAGACGCUCAUCUUCAUCUUUCUCGGGGUGUCCACCGUGGCCGGGAAUCACAGGUGGAACUGGACGUUCGUCACGGUGACCUUAAUCCUGUGCAUGGUGGCUCGUGUUCUCGGGGUGAUCGGUUUGACCUUCGUGAUCAACAAAUUCCGCAUAGUAAAGCUCACUACCAAGGACCAGUUCAUCAUCGCGUAUGGUGGCCUGCGUGGAGCAAUCGCUUUCUCACUGGUCUAUCUGCUCGAUGAAAACCAAUUCCCUAUGAAGAACAUGUUUCUCACCGCGAUCAUCACAGUCAUCUUCUUCACGGUCUUCGUGCAGGGGAUGACCAUCCGUCCUCUGGUGGACCUGCUGGCCGUUAAGAAGAAGCAGGAAACCAAGCGAUCCAUCAACGAGGAGAUCCACACCCAGUUUUUGGACCACCUGCUGACCGGUAUCGAGGACGUCUGUGGACACUACGGACAUCAUCACUGGAAGGACAAGCUGAACCGCUUCAACAAGAAGUACGUGAAGAAAUGCCUGAUCGCAGGCGAGCGCUCUAAAGAGCCGCAGCUCAUCGCCUUCUACCACAAGAUGGAAAUGAAGCAGGCCAUCGAGCUGGUGGAGAGUGGAGGAGGAGUUAAACUGCCAUCUGCUAUGCCAUCCACUGUGUCCAUGCAAAAUAUCCAGCCCAAGAAACCUCCAGAGAGAAUGAUGCCUCAGCUAUCGAAGGUCCAGGAAGAAGAGAUCCAGAAGAUUCUACGCCAGAACCUGCAGAAGACACGGCAGAGAUUGCUGUCCUAUAACCGACACACGCUGGUGGCUGACCCGUUCGAGGACGGCUUUAAGGAGCUUAUGCUGAAGAAGCAGAGGAUGAAGGAUUUGGAGAAGAAGAUUUCAAAGAUGAAUAAUUACCUCACCGUUCCGGCUGCACCUCCCGAUUCUCCCACCAUGGCCAGAGCAAGACUGGCUUCUGACCCUCAAGCCUGGAGCAAGCCUACUGUGGCAGGUAAAGACAUCCCAGCUAUUAAAGUGGACCUGGCUUCACCUCAAAGCCCAGACUCAAUCACCACGUUGGACGAGUUUGGCAAGCCAACGAAGCAAGACCCAGACGAGGAAGAGGAGGGGCUUGUGAUGCGGCGAAAGGGAGAGGACAGGACUGGAGAGCAAGGUGAGCAAGAUGACUCAAAAGAUCAACGACUCCUGCGCUGCCUGAGUGACCCUGGCCCUGCUGUCAACGAGGACGAAGAGGACGAUCCCUUCCUCCGCUGAUGGAAAGAGAUGUGUGUGACAUGACUGGCUAUCUGCCUGUUUUCUCAAGGGUGGCUGAGGGGGUUGGGAAUUUAUUUUAACACGGCACUGUCUUACGAACAGAAUCUUGUCUUUUUUUUUGUUGUUGUUGUUGGAUGGGUUGGUGGAUUACUGAACUUUAAGCCAAAAUCAUAGCUCAUUCAAAAAAAUAAUAAUAAUAAAAAAAGUCAAUGAACCAAAAAAGAAACCACCCAAAAAAAACCCCACAAUGAAAGGGAGGGGUAAAAAAAAAAAAAGAAAAAUAGCCAUUAUUUUCUAGCUUUGUCUUUCUUGUCAAAGGAGAGUGCGGGGUUUGUGGAGUGGCCGAGGGGCAGUUGAACUAUGCAUUACCAAAGGUUCACACUGUUCUUCUUUUUUUUCUUUUCUUUUCUUUGCCUUAUUAUUAUUCGUAUGAUGAUGAUGAUGAUGAUGAUGAUUAUUUUUUAUCAUUGAUGAAUUUAUUGCUUUUGUGACAUGAGAUGGUCUAUAGUCUAGUGUGUUGAAUCAUCAUAAACUGAGUCCCUUUGUUUUUCAGGAGCAAUAUCAAACUAAGGGCACAUGAUGGCCUUUCUCAUCUAAAUCAGUCACCUGGUCCAAUCCCAGCUCUGAUUGUAGAGAGUGUAUUUUCUCAUUCAUCACUUCGUAACUGUUUAAUCCUGCAGCAGGUAGUAUUUGGUGCUGCAUCAGAUAAUUGAACGCUCGGAUAAUAACCCGCUGCAUGACACCGAGCGAAAGGUAAAUGGAAAAAAAAUCAGUAAAAAUACAGGUUGUUUUUAAAGGAAAUGCACUGUAACCACAGAGAUUGCAAUCUUCACAUUCAUCAUUUAUUGCAGCCAGGUUCUUCACGUCAUUCCAGGGUGUAUGACUUGUACAGUUAUGUGGUUUAUGUAUCUUUUAACAUUGUGCUAUUACUUUACGGUUUUCUUGACUGUUUUUUUUUUUUUUUUUGUUCGUUUGUUUAUUUUCUCACAAACCCCAUACCCUUUAAAUGCACUUUCAGCGCUUUUAAUGAACAUGUCAAUAUACAUGAAAUUUGUCCACUUAGUAGAUAAGUUUUGUUGCACGAUUCAAUGUUUCUCAUAUUUUCAGUCCCAAAUUGCUGCUAGUCUGAAAAGACAGUGGUGGACUGUGUUUUGAGAAUCAUGCAUUUACCUCCCUUAUACAUCCCUGAAUGCUCUACAAGGUUGGGAUUUCUUUUAAACUAUGCAGAAGGGCAGUACGUGCAGAUGGAUGUUACUCGUGUCCGUUCAGGUGUUCCCUUUAAAAACGUCAGUACCACUGUGUAUCACAACGAGUCCUUGACCUGAACAAGACAGUUUGAGGCACCAAUUACGUCUGAUUGAUGGAUGUGUGACAUUUUCAAACAAGACUAAAGAUCUCAAGAGCUAUUCUGCAUGCAGGGUAGACUCGAUUUAUUUUAACAUGAGCUGUAUAAAUAAAUAAUAAAAAUUAUAUUUUACAUAAAACAUCUAAAUAUAUGCUAAUCUAUAUGCCUGCUGUGUAUCACGAAGGUAUAACUUGUAGUUCGGACACAUUAUGUCAGUUUGGUCAUUUGUCUUUGUACUUGCUGGACUGGAUUGGGGGAUUUUUGUUUGUUUUUGUUUUUUUGUUUAUUUACUUUGGUUUUAAAAGUCCAUGCUGGUUCAAGUACCAAAAAGUCCCCUCUUUAGAGCUAUGUGAAUUUGGUUGUACAUGUUCUAGAUUUGCGCACCGGUUGAAUUAGUGCAGUGACCCAGAUCACUGUUGGUCACGCCUGGUAAAAGGAGUUGUCACUUAGUUUAGUGUAUAUAAAGAUAGAUGUAGUAAAAAAAAAAAAAAGGACGUGUCACGUGUUUUAGUUUUGGCUACCGUGUUCUAAGACUGGAGUCCAAGAAAGAUCAUGUCCAAAAAAGCUGCUUGAGGUUCUCGGUUGUCCCCUCGUGUAUAUAGAUAUGUGGAAUCCACCUACCCGAUUUGGCUCUUAUUAGAUGUUUAGGACUUAUGUUUACUCACCACUCAAAUCAUACACAGGGAGAACCUUACUGCCGUCACAGUAGUUUCACAGUAGUGUGAUUUUCGUUAUUGCUAACACGGGGUCCUUUUGGUACAAAUGCACAGUAGUAUUCACAAAUUUUGUCCUGUGUUUAUUCUAAUUCUUUACCAGUGAGCUGAUCCUGUAGUAUCCUCGCCCACCAAGGUGAGGAAGUAUUGGCGUCUGUCAAAAAUGCAGCUCUUGCUGUUGUUUUCGAUGCGAAUGAUGUACUGGGGAUGUGAUUACACUCCACUGUGCAUUUAAAAGGAUGAGCGGUGAACUUGUAACAGAACGUACUUGUUCAAACAGAGGCAAUCCCCGAUUGGCUGACUCUAACAGUGACGUGGGGAGGAAAAAAUGUAGAACUCAUCCUCCACGUAAACCCACAACAAUAUCAGCAAUGCAUAUGAAUGGGUCCUUAUGAACACGACUUUUUUUUGUUUUUCUUUUUUUUCUCCAUGAUUUGUAUUUUCUAAAAAAAAAAAAAAACCACGAGGCCUUCGGUUUUGUUUUUUUUUGUUUUUUGGUUUUUUUUUUGGUAAUAAUUCUAUUUUUGAGUUGUCAUUUACGCUGUUGCUGGAGUUUGCCAGUCAUAUCUCGCUUACGCAAAUUCAAAUCAAUUUAACUAUGUACAUCAGUUAUGCAUCGCGUACAGUAUAUUUGAACCGCUGUGUCUGAUAAUUCUUCCUCUUGAUCAGAAAUGGUCUAGAUGCAAGGUGAAGGACCAUAAGAGAACAUGGCAGCUCACUGCAUGCGUGUACCUGUCGCUUAGAUGGAUAAUCUGGCGUGGUCAUUGUGGCGUUCUGCCCUGCUGAUCGAAUCCUUCUUGGACUUGAGGUUACGUAGGUAAUAUUUCGCUACUGCACGAACGUCAGCUUUUAUUUAACAAUUUAUCUUUACCAAACUAGCAAUUUACACUUACUCAUCCUUGUUUAUAACACUGGAGGAACGCAAGACAACUAGUUAUACAUAGAAGCCAUAUUACACUGGUGUCCAAUCUUAUCCGGAAAAUGCCGGUGUGGGUGCAGGUUUUCAUUCCAACCACACGGAAGCCACACUUCUUGGACACCCCUGCCAUAGUAAGUGGCUAGAUGGCAUUUUCCAGUGAUAACGCUAGCUAUUUAAUCACAAACUAUCUUGAACAUCUUCCUCCAUUUCUGUUUAAGAUUAAACAAUCUCAAAUUUGCUUUUAUUUGGAAUCAGGUGCAUAAGAGUGUUUGAGCUUUGUUCAAGCCAUACGGACGGUUUGAGCGAACAGAUCUCUGAUCUCAUGGCAGGAAGGCACAGCUAACAGCUACAGUCUCCACACCAUAAGCGACAUUGAUAUUUUGUUGAAUUCUUGCCUUCCUUUGAUUUGCUAUUAGCCAAAAAUCAUCUCGUUUUGUCGUCUUUCUCACGAACAGGAACUGAUUCAGGGAUUUAGAGAAGGACUGAACUGUACUGUAGCUACUGAAACAUUGAUCCUGUAUCAGUUUUUAUUGCGCUCUGUUGCGUAUAGGAAGCCGAUUUUGUGAACUCCGGCUGGUGCAAAUCACGUGCAUUAGUUUAGACUGAAAUUGCAGAUUCAGGUGUGCUUGACAUUUUUCUCAGUCUCUUCACCGGAAACUCAAACAUGUAUCAAGACCAUACCUUUAAGAACAUUCUUGUUCAGCACUGCAAUAACUGGGGUGGGUUGAAGGGUUUUGCUUGCGAGUCAUUGUUUUGUUUUUCUUUUUUUUAAAAAAAAAAUCUAAAAAAUCAAAACAGGAUGUGAUUUUUCGGUCAUUUUCAUCAGGACAGAAAAAUGAUUUCUCUUUGCUUCUUGCUGUGUAAUUUUUUUUUAAAUAGGAAUGCGUUGAUGAAUUUCUUAUCACUGUAAAAUGAUUUCAUCAGUCUACAAAACUAUCAUGACGUAUUAUCUGGCAGCCAUUUUGUUUUUCAGAUCAAUGUACUAAAUUCCAGGAUGUCUGUGACACUGCCUUUAAAUGAAGGACGUUUAGAAGACCGCUAUCUUGAAGCUGCCUUCUGAACGGGACGGACUUUAUGCUCGGAGCACUCGGGCCUAAAAACAUUUCAAAA